CGCCCGGAGGCGGCCGCUGGCGGCGGGACGCGGCGCCUCGCGCGCUCCCGCCAUGGAGGGUGACAAGAGAAGAACCAAAGAAGAUACUUGGAAAUCAGAAGAACUUAGGAAACAUCUUAGGACAUCAGAAGCAGAUAGUAAAAAUGAAGACCAAAAGCACAGAGAAAAGAAACUGCAGAAAGAGAAAUCUGUUUAUGACACAGACACUCAUAAACACGAACGCAAAGACAGAGGGAAGAGCAAGGAAAGAACAAAAGAGCGAGAGAGGUUUAAAUCUAGUGAAAGAGACAGAGAUAAAAUGAGAGAGCGAGAAAGAAGAAAAGAGCACCAGAGAGAAGAAGACCGAGUGAGAUACAAAGAUAAACUUCAUGAGUCAAGUUUGGAGAAGGAAAGAUACAGUAUAUCAAAAGGCAGAGAGAGCAAUAGAGAACAAGACAAAAAGCAUAAAAGACAUGAGAUAAAGCAAAUAGACACACAAGAUAAUCUGAAAUCAUUUGAAGGAAGAGAUAAAGAACAUCACAGAAGAAGAGAAAGUAGGCAUCAUUUAGAGGAAGAGAAAAAAAGAAGUAAAGAGCGAGAAAGAAGACAUACAGAAAAGAAGGAUAAUGACACCAAAAAGAGCAUUGACAAAUUUUUAGCCUACAAAAUUGAAGAAGUUGAACGUGUACACAAGUUCCAGAAAGAUCAAGAGUUGGAUAAAGAGAGAGAAAGAAGACACAGAGAAAAUAAAGAACAUUCUAUUAGGCCAGGAAAAGAGAGGCUUUCAAAAGAAAGAAGUCAUAAACAUUAUGAAAAGGAUGAGGAAGAAAAACAUAAAUCAAAGAGAUCUAGAGAAGGAUCUUCUCAUAGAGACAGAGAAGGACAACUAGCAGACGUUUAUGAGAGGGUAAAAAGUAGAGAAAAUGAAAGAACAAGGCGUGAUUUACGGAACAGUGAACACAAAGAAGAGGACAAGAUUCAAGAACAAAUGAGCCCUCAGCAUGUAAGUAGGACUGUAAGAGAUAAAGGACAGCUCAUUGAAAAAGAGGAAAGGGACACAAGACAAGAGGAAAUGAAAAAUACACGCAUCUAUAAUUCAGACACAGGAUUUGAUGACUUUUCAGCAAAUUAUGAAGACGAUUUUGAAGAUUAUGAAGAUGAUUUUGAGGAUGAUGACAAAAGUGGCAAAGAAAGAGAUGCAGAAGAAAACCUAAGUGAGAUUCCAUUUUCCAGAACAUCAGAAAUUGAAGAAAUUAGAAGAGCAAUUAGUGCAGAAAAUGAUAGAAUUUGUACUUCACUGCCAAAGAAAAUUGAAAAUGAAACAAAGGAACCAGUCAUGGAAAGGCAAUACCCUUCUGUCAGAAACUCUUAUGGUGGAAUAUUCAUGGAUUUUCAAUUGGCAAACCAACGACAAAGUGGCCGAAGUAUGGCUAGUAAGCAGAAAAAGCGGAGUUCAGAACUUCUCCCACUAAUUGAUCUGGACUUCUCAGUUAGUUUUUCAUUGUUGGAUUUGCCUCCUGUAAAUGAAUAUGACAUGUAUAUCAGGAAUUUUGGUAAAAUGAACACUAAGCAGGCGUAUGUUCAAUGUAAUGAGGACAAUCUUGAGAGAGAUACUCAGACUGAAGAAGUUGAGACAUUGGAGAAAUGGACACAGCAUCCAGGCAAAAGUGCCAUUGUAUCUGGAGGUCCCACAACCAACCAGGAUAUAUCAGUGAAUGGAACUCCAACACCUAAAAUUGAUUCACAAAGAUUAACAAAUUUCCUCCGGUCUGCUUGCAGGGUGAUUGCUGUUUUGCUGGAGGAAGAUCAAGUUGCAACAGAACCCAGAUGGCAACAGAGAUCUCGACAAACCAGUCUGUCUAUAAGUGACAGCUGUUUCCAGUUAAAUACUAACCAGCCUUUCCUCCAUGACCGAAAAGUCUCUUGCCUCCAUUUCUCUCAAGUUCAGAGGCAAACACUACUUUCUGUUCAUGGAUUACCUGAAAAGGCAAGUGUUGGUUUACUGAACAGAAAGAGCAUCAUAUGUGUUUGGAACAUUUGGCAACCCUCCAGUCCUCAGAAAGUUUUAAUAUGUGACUCAGAGGUGAUAUGUUGCUGCUUUAGUCCUAAUAAAACAACAUUAGUUUUUGCUGGAACAACAGAUGGUUCAUUGUUGGUGUGGGAUCUUCGAGAAGACUCCAGAAUGCGCCUUCAGAUGAUGAUCAAUGGAAUUGACUGGACAUUUAGAGUUCCAACAUUUUCCACUGAUGGCAUUCUGCUCUCAGUAAACCACACCUCUCCCAUACUAGCAGUGGAACCUGUCUCAACCUCUCUCUACACUGAUAAGAAUUAUGGUCUCUUAAGCCUCUCUUAUCAAGAGGAAAUGUCAGGCCCUCCAUUUCAGAUAGCUUCAAUGGAUGAAAAUGGAACCCUCAAUAUGUGGGUAGUUAUUGAAUUACGGAAAGUGGAUUUGGCUGGUUCACAAACUGAUUUAGGUUUAGUUCCUGGUGGGAAAGUGAAGUUAGUACAUAGCUCUACUAUGGAAUUAAGUAACAGCCUUUUCCCAAAGGAUGUGCACCAGAGAAUGCCCCAGACACUGACUAUUAAAUUUCUGUCUUCUGAUCCUAAUCAUUUCAUUGUUGGAACAAACAUUGGGCUGGUAGGUCAUGGUACAAGAAAUGGUUUGAAAGUUCUUCCAAAGCUAUUCAGACCCCAGGAGAGCAGACUGAGAUCAAUAAGCAUCAGUGCCAUUGAUUUUUUUCCUUUUGGAAAGCCACUAUUUUUGGUUGGCUGUUCAGAUGGAAGCAUUAGGUUAUACCAGAUGACAUCAGAAUACCCCCUCAUGCAGUGGAAUGACAGUACAAAUGGCCAACCAAUUAUUGCCCUGCAAUGGGCAUUAACAAGACCUGCUGUGUUUUUUGUCCUGGAUGCAUCAUCUAAUAUUUACAUUUGGGAUCUUUUGGAAAAUGAUUUGUUGCCUGUGGCAAAGCAGACUGUUCCAUCAGAAAAUGUGGUAACUAUGACUCUACUGGGAGAACCAGAGAAAACAAAUGGAUUGUUAGGCAUCGUGCUGGCCAAAGAAUCUGGACAGAUAGACAUUCAGUAUGUAAAGAAGAAGUGGGCAUUACCUCAGCCUGAGGAAUGUGAAAAACUGCAUUUGGUUUUAUUGCAGUCUUUUUAGGAACACUCCACUGAUGUGGGUGCACACAUUUUUGCAAAAUAUUUAGAUAAUUUUUGACUGCAAUUAAAAGAUUUGUAAUGUAAUUUUUUAUUUGUAUAUAAAUUGCAUAUAUUUUAAAGAAUAUCAGUACAGUAUUUGAGCUGAAAUUGUGUUUUUUAUCAUAAAAACAACAGAACCAAAUGUAGCAGGAUUAUACUCAAUGAUGAGCUGUGUUUCAUUAUUGAAAGA